AUGAAGGUCUUGGGUACUUUAGAUGAGGAUUUGAUGGAAAAGGUGAGUGAGGAUACGAUAUGCGUAGCAGUGGGAAAAGAUGAGGAAGAGGGCAAAUCUAUUCUCUUAUGGGCUUUUCAUAACUCUGGAGGAAGGAGAAUUUGUAUUCUUCACGUUCAUCCGCCUCCAAAGCUCAUCCGCCAUCCUUUGGGUCCUGCAAAAACUCCAGCAAAAUAUGUGAAUGAAAUGUUUGUAACCGAACACGAGGAAAGAGAUAGGCAAAAUAUGUACGAGAUCCUCCAUAGAUAUGACCAAAUAUGUGGAAAAAUGGGGGUACAAGCAGAGAUACGACAAACUGAAAUGGAAAAUAUUGAAGAAGGGAUUGUGACACUCAUCACUCAGUAUGGGAUCAAGUGGCUUGUUAUGGGAGCAGCAGCAGAAAAGCACUAUAGCAGAAAAAUGAUCGAACUCAAGUCUGAAAAGUCAAAAUACGUGUGCGAACGAGCACCUGUGGAUUGUUUCAUACAAUUUAUUUGUAAGGGCUGCCUCAUACGUACCAGAAAACCACGUAUAGAUCACAUAGAUCAAAAUGGAGAAUCGAGCCUCACGGUCUUAAGAUCACGAUCAGUUCAUUCUGGGAACAAUAGCAAUGAGGCUGAAACUGGAUGCUCAAACUUGUUGAGAUCACAAUCUGUUGCACAAAAUCAUAUAAGGGAGGAUAGAAAUAUUGUAAAGAGUGUCUUCAAUGCAAUGUUCCGCGGAGGCACCAAAGAGCCUUCAAUAUCCCCGAAGAGCAGGUCUGAGGCAGAACACAAUAGUACUACUUCUGAUCAUGAAUCGGACUUGUUAUCAUUAAGGAGUCCUUCAGGUUCAAGUCGUUCAACAUACUCUCCUAAAGGAGUUCUUGAUUUAACUCUAAGUCCAUUAGUACGGAAACCAAGUACUCCAACAUUGGAGGGGUUCGAGUUCAUUAGUACUCCAUUCUCACCAGGCAGCUCUUCUGUUGUGGACGUUGCAUCUUCUAACGAAGCUCGAAGUGUUGCGGUAUGUGCAAAAAAAUAA